AGGUUACUUGACUGGGAGUUCUCAGACCUCCAGUUUCAUUCCUGCCCUCAGCCUCCAAUCCGUAGGAGACACCCAGCCCCAGCAAUUGGAUUGGGCAGCUUGUCUUGACACACCACUGUGCUGAGUGCUUGAGGACGUGUUUCAACAGAUGGUUGGGGUUAGUGUGUGUCAUCACAUUCGAGUGGGGAUUAAGAGAGGGAAGGCUGCCUUGCUGGAGCUGUGUGGUCUUCUCCAAGCGAGAGUUGCAGGCAAUAGAACUACUUUGCUGUUGGAGGAAGAGGAGGAAUUCAUUUCCAGCGGCCACAAGAAAAGCAGUUGUUUUUUCAGGUGCUGACGGCCACCCACCAUCAUCUAAAGAAGGUGAAUCCUGGCUAAUGACAUGCAGGUUCUUCAAAGCAGAAUAAUUGCAGAAAAUUUUCCAAGGACCCCAUCUGCAGAUGUUCUGAGUACCUGUAAGCAUAGAAAUUGAUUAUUCAACCAGGAUACCUAAUUCAAGAACUCCAGAAGUCAGGAGACAGAGACGUCGCAGCCGCUUUGCAACCCUGACCCAGAUACAAUGCAAUAUUCUUGCUGCGCUCUGGUUUUGGCCGUCCUCGGCACAGAAUUGCUGGGGAGCGUCCGUUCCACUGUCAGAUCCCCGAGGUACAGAGGACGGUUACAGCAGGAACGAAAAAACAUCCGACCCAACAUCAUCCUCAUGCUUACUGAUGACCAAGAUGUGGAGCUGGGGUCCCUGCAAGUCAUGAACAAAACAAGAAAGAUUAUGGAGCAUGGGGGGGCCACCUUCACCAAUGCCUUUGUGACCACCCCGAUGUGCUGCCCGUCACGCUCGUCCAUGCUCACCGGGAAGUACGUGCACAACCACAACGUCUACACCAACAACGAGAACUGUUCCUCCCCCUCGUGGCAGGCCGUGCACGAGCCCCGGACGUUUGCUGUUUAUCUUAACAACACUGGUUACAGAACAGCCUUUUUUGGAAAAUACCUCAAUGAAUAUAAUGGCAGCUACAUCCCUCCUGGGUGGCGAGAAUGGCUUGGAUUAAUCAAGAAUUCUCGUUUCUAUAAUUACACUGUUUGUCACAAUGGCAUCAAAGAAAAGCAUGGAUUUGAUUAUGCAAAGGACUACUUCACAGACUUAAUCACUAACGAGAGCAUUAAUUACUUCAAAAUGUCUAAGAGAAUGUAUCCCCAUAGGCCCAUUUUGAUGGUGAUCAGCCACGCAGCGCCCCACGGCCCCGAGGACUCGGCCCCACAGUUUUCAAAACUGUACCCCAAUGCUUCCCAACACAUAACUCCCAGUUAUAACUAUGCACCAAAUAUGGACAAACACUGGAUCAUGCAGUACACGGGACCAAUGUUGCCCAUCCACAUGGAAUUCACAAACGUCCUGCAGCGUAAAAGGCUCCAGACGUUGAUGUCAGUGGAUGACUCUGUGGAAAGGCUGUAUAACAUGCUCGUGGAGACGGGGGAGCUGGAGAACACAUACAUCAUUUACACGGCCGACCACGGUUACCACAUCGGGCAGUUUGGACUGGUCAAGGGGAAAUCCAUGCCAUAUGACUUUGAUAUCCGUGUGCCUUUCUUUAUACGUGGUCCAAGUGUAGAACCCGGAUCAAGAGUGCCACAGAUCGUCCUCAACAUUGACUUGGCCCCCACGAUCCUGGAUAUUGCCGGGCUCGACGCACCUCCCGAUGUGGAUGGCAAGUCUGUCCUCAAACUUCUGGACCUGGAAAAGCCAGGUAACAGGUUUCGAACAAACAAGAAGGCCAAAAUUUGGCGUGAUACAUUCCUAGUGGAAAGAGGCAAAUUUCUGCGUAAGAAGGAAGAGUCCAGUAAGACUAUUCAGCAAUCAAAUCACUUGCCCAAGUAUGAGAGGGUGAGAGAACUGUGCCAGCAGGCCAGGUACCAGACAGCCUGUGAGCAGCCUGGGCAGAAGUGGCAGUGCAUUGAGGACACGUCUGGCAAGCUUCGAAUUCACAAGUGUAAGGGACCCAGUGACCUGCUCACAGUCCGCCAGAGCGCACGGGACCUCUACCCCCGCGGCUUCCACCGCAAGGACGGAGAGUGUGAGUGCAGGCAGUCUGCUUAUCGUGCCAGCAGAAGCCAGAGGAAGAGUCAAAGGCAGUUCCUGAGAAACCAGGGCACUCCAAAGUACAAGCCCCGAUUUGUCCAUACCCGGCAGACACGUUCCUUGUCUGUGGAAUUCGAAGGAGAAAUAUACGACAUAAAUCUGGAAGAGGAAGAGUUGCAAGUGUUGCAACCAAGAGGCGUUGCCAAGCGUCAUGACGAAGACCGCAGGGGGCCAGGCCAUGGCCACAGGGACAGGAUGCUGCCCGACAGCAGCAACGCUGUGGGCCCACCCACGACUGUCCGGGUGACACACAAGUGCUUUAUUCUUCCCAAUGAUACGAUCCAUUGUGAGAGAGAACUGUAUCAAUCAGCCAAAGCCUGGAAGGACCACAAGGCUUACAUAGAUAAAGAGAUCGAAGCUCUGCAAGAUAAAAUUAAGAACUUAAGAGAAGUGAGAGGGCACCUGAAGAGAAGGAAGCCUGAGGAGUGUGGCUGUGGCAAACAGAGCUAUUACAAUAAAGAGAAAGGUGUAAAAAAGCAAGAGAAAUUAAAGAGCCAUCUUCACCCAUUCAAGGAGGCAGCCCAGGAAGUGGACGGCAAGCUGCAGCUUUUCAAGGAGAACCGCAGGCGGAGGAAGGAGCGGAAGGAGAGGAAGCGGCAGCGGAAGGGGGAGGAGUGCAGCCUGCCCGGCCUCACCUGCUUCACCCACGACAACAACCACUGGCAGACCGCCCCCUUCUGGAACCUGGGAUCUUUCUGUGCUUGCACGAGUUCUAACAAUAACACCUACUGGUGUUUGCGUACAGUUAAUGAGACGCAUAAUUUUCUUUUCUGUGAGUUCGCUACUGGCUUUUUGGAGUAUUUUGAUAUGAAUACAGAUCCUUAUCAGCUCACAAACACAGUGCACACGGUGGAGCGGGGCAUUCUGAAUCAGCUGCACAUCCAGCUGAUGGAGCUCAGAAGUUGUCAGGGGUAUAAGCAGUGCAACCCGAGACCUAAGAACCUUGACGUUGAGGACAGUUAUGGGAUGGAUGGGAAGGUUAACCCUCCCAGCCUCGCUGCAGACAUCAGCUGGCGAGGCCUGGGGCGUCUAUACAGCGUGAGCAAAAGCAUCAAUGAGUACAGACAAAACUACAGACUUCGUCUGGGCGACUGGGCUAAUUACUUGAAGGAUGUUGAUAGAGUAUUUGCACUGCUGAACAGUCACUACGAGCAAAAUCAAACAAGGCAGACUAAACCUGCUCUCAGUGACAGGUUCUUGGUUGUCUCUGCUGAGCUCCCUGUUCCAGGCGAGAUGGCUUCUGCUGAGUCAGAUGCAGACCCGCGCCCUGGGGCUGGGGAAGCACCUCAUUUGACCUUGCCAGCCGACCUUCGAACCCUGCCUUUGAACCGGCCAACUUUAAGUCCAGAGAGUAAACUUGAAUGGAAUAAUGACAUUCCAGAAGUGAAUCGUUUGAAUUCUGAACACUGGAGAAAUAGUAAAACUGAAAAAUGGAUGGGGCGUGAAGAGAUCAAUCAUCUUGACACCGAUUUCAGUGGCAAUGGCAUGACGGAGCUGGUGCCAGAGCCCAGCCCCAGGCUCCAGGCCAUCAGCAGGCACCAGAAAGAACUUCCCUGGGAUGGUGGAUUAGGAGAAGAUAUUUUUGAAGAUCAGCUAUACCUUCCCGUGCAUUCUGAUAGAAGCUCUGCUCACCAGACUGUCCCCGUGUCCACCAUGGAGCAGCCUGUUACCAACAGCACGGUGGAGGGGAGGCCGAUCAAAGUGGAGGAUCACGAGGGGGGCGUGCAGCAGCCAGAGGGCAGCGCCUCCUCCCCGCUCUCCUCUGAUUAGAUCAAAUUGUUCCUUUUACCCUGAACACAGUAUUUCUUUUUAACUUUUUAAUUUGUAAACUAAUAAAGGCGAUCACAGCCACCAACAUUCCAAGGAACAUCGGUGCAGUAGAAGUUAGUGUGCGUGCGAGGAAGCAGCAUGGUGCACGCAGAGCCUCACUGUUACAAUUCACCAUUUGCCAAGAGUAGGAAGAAAGGCUGGGGUUUUGGGGUUGCUUUUUAUUUUUACUAAAACAGUAUUAUCAUUUGAACAUUGUAGGGACCUGUAUAUAAAUGUUAUCCCAUCAAGACGGCUAGAAUUGUGCCUUUCUAAGUUUCUAAAACAGGACACUCCAGUGAAUUUUUCAACCUACUCCCACUGCCUGCACGAUGAAGUUUUAAUUCUUUUUUAACCACUGGAAUUUUUUGCGAUGCCACAGUUUCCGUUCAAUGAUUUUGCACUUUGAGGUUAGAAUGCCAGUCUGUUUGGUUAGAAUUAUUUUUUAUUUUUCCAGGCUUGUCUAAUGUUUGCAGUCAGCGUGACAAAGUAAAAUAGACCCCUCCCCUCCCAAGGACAAGACACAAUAUGCAUCACAUAUUAUUUAACAUGUGCUUUUGCCAGAAAAAUAAUGCAUGCGUUUUACCUCGACUUGCUAAACUUGAUUAGCAGAAGGACACGGCCAAUAACGUUGGUGAUAAAAAUAAGUAAGCAAAACACAGAUUGCCUGCUGGCUCUGUGCCUAGCCUCAACACAUCAGUCAUAUGCUUAAGACUGCUGAAUUUUAGUUAUUUUCUUAACAGGAGAAAAAGAACUGAAGAUCUUUUAGUUUCAUCUUUAUUUUGUUUUCUUGGCAUGGGUCAUAACCUUAAAUGUUGACAAAAUACAUUUAGUUUUGAAUUGACUUAAGGAAUUUUUUCCAAUAAAAUAAAAUCACGAAUGUUCUACAAUUUAGACAUGCCACAAGGGAGAUUAAUUUUCUUAACAUUGUGUUAUAGGAUUAUUUUUAAGGCCUUCACCACGUUCUGAUUUUUUUUAAAGACAUAGUCCAAAAUUACUUUUGAAAAUCUGCUGUCUUGAAAAUAUCAUUCUUUUAUUUUAGAUUUUUAAAUGCCAGCUGAAGGAUUACCUCACGGAGAGUCACCAGUACCCUACUCAGCUCCCCAUGAUUUUUUUGUUGUUUAGCUUAACAGUGAUUUUUUUCCUUUCAUUUUUAGAUAAUUCAGUUGCUAAGAUAAAUUGUUUUCUAUAAAUGUUUAAGGUAAACCGUUUUAAAGAAAAUUUAAUAUGUCCUAGUUGAAGCUUUGGUAACUUUAAGUCUUUAUCAUAGACUCUGUAUAUAUGUUAAAAUUAACUAGCUGCUUCUCAGAUAUGUGUGUCAUCAUUUGGAUGGCAAAAUAAACAAUAUUUAUGGUCAUGAAUGAUGUGCUUUGUAAAAAAAUUUCAAGUCAUUAGGAAGCAUACUGUGUUUUUUAAUCUUGUAUAAUAUUCUGUGAUACUUUUAUAGAACAACUCUGGCUUCAGGAAAGUCUAGAAGCAAUAUUCUUGAAAUAAAAAGUGUUCAAACUU